GUACUCAAUCCAAAAUUAUUAAUUAAGUUAAUAACAAUGUACCUACCUAUAUAGUUUAAGUUUAAAAAAUUUGGCUCUCAAAAGAAAUUUCAAUCGAUGUACUGUUGGUAUUUGGCUCAGUUGACUAAUGAGUUUGCCGACCACUGCCCUAGGGGAUAUAAACUUAGUCACAGGCUCUCCUUUAGUUCAAAGACAUGCAAUCACGAACUGCCCCAGGGAGUCCCCAGGGUGAACUUUUAGUUGUUCUUGCCUGGCCUGCUGUGCUGGCUCCUGUUAUGUAACUCAGCAGGAACGUGGGGGCUGUGGUAAUUAUGUGACCCAGCAGGUUGAGCCCUGCACUGGGCAGUGUCCCCAGACUGCAGAGGUGAAGCUGGAGGGCUGCCUGUGAGGUCAGGUGCUUGAUGGGUCAGCCCUGAGGGUGGGGUGAGAGGGAAGGGGCAGAGUUUGUAGGACUCUGAGGAGGCAGUUUGGGUUGCUACUCAACAGGCCGUUGUGAACCCUGUCCAUCCGGCCCUAGACCUGGGUGUCUGGAGACACCCUCCUCACUCUGAGGUCCACCCGUAUUGAGGGCUCCCUGGCCAUCACCUGGGGUGGCUCCUUGCAUGUCCAUCCUUCUGGGAAGUGGGGCUGGUUCACCUGUGUUGUGACCCUGGAGCCUGGGUACUGGCUGUCCAGGGGGUGUUCUUGUCCGUACCAGCCAGGAGGUCUGAAGCAGUGUCUCUUGGGCUUGCUCACUUGGUCACCCACGGGCAUGCCUGUGAGGCAUGUUAAGGUGCACAGUCCUGGCCAGCCCAGACCUUCAGGUGGCCACGUGGGAUGGGGCUCAGAGCUCAUCUCUGACAGGCACUUCCUGUAGCUUAAGAAGCACUGCCUGUGGUUUCGGAAGCUGUAGAAAUGAAACCAAGUGUGUUGGUUCUGGUACCUGAGACCUGUGCCAUUGCCCCAGGAUUUGGGGACAUCAGGGGCAGCAUCACCUUCAAUCCCUCCAGGACCGUGUGGAGCCUGGACAGCAUGGCAUCCUCCAGCCAGAGGGUGGAGAAGCCAGUGUUCCCAGAACCCCAGGCGGAGCCCGGGCCGGAGCCUGGGCCGGGCCGCGAGCUUCAGUCCUGGCAGUGGCUGGUAUUCUAUCUCUGCUUCUACGGCUUCAUGUCCCAGAUGCGGCCCGGGGAGAGCUUCAUCACCCCCUACCUCUUGGGCCCUGCUAAGAACUUCACGAGGAAGCAGGUCACCAAUGAGAUCACGCCGGUGCUGUCCUACUCCUACCUGGCCGUGCUGGUGCCCAUGUUCCUGCUGACGGACUACCUGCGCUAUAAGCCGGUGCUGCUUCUGCAGGGCCUGAGCUAUAUCGCUGUGUGGCUGCUGCUGCUGUUUGGCGACUCUGUGCUGCACAUGCAGUUCAUGGAGUUCUUCUACAGCCUCACCAUGGCCGCCCGCAUAGCCUACUCCUCCUACAUCUUCUCACUCGUGCGCCCCGCCCAGUAUCAGCGCAUGGCGGGCUACUCCAGGUCCGCAGUGCUCCUGGGCGUCUUCACCAGCUCUGUGCUGGGCCAGCUGCUCGUCACUGUGGGCAAGUUCUCCUUCACCAUGCUCAACUACAUCUCGCUGGGCUUCCUCACCUUCAGCCUGAUCCUCGCCAUGUUCCUGAAGCGCCCCAAGCGCAGCCUCUUUUUCAACCGCAGUGAGCCUGCCCAUGGCGAGGCCUCGCCCUCGGAGCUGGACAAGAUGCACCCUGGCCCUGGCCAGCCCGCGGGCAGGAAGCUCUGCGGGACUCCGCUGGCGGGCUGGAGGGACUGGAUCCUCGUGCGCAUGCUCCGGGAGUUAGGAGCCAGCCUGCGGCUGCCACAGCUGCACCUCUGGUCCCUCUGGUGGGUCUUUAACUCGGCCGGCUACUACCUGAUCGUCUUCUACGUGCACAUCCUGUGGAACGACAUCGACCCCACCAAAGACACCACCAAGGUCUACAACGGUGGCGUGGAUGCCGCCUCCACUCUGCUCGGCGCCAUCACCGCCUUAGCCGCGGGCUUUGUCAAGAUCCAGUGGGCCCUGUGGGCGAAACUGAUCAUCGGAGCCGUGACAGCCGUGCAGGCCGGGCUGAUCUUCCUCAUGCACAGCACGGGCAGCAUCUGGCUGUGCUACAUGGCCUUCGUGCUCUUCCGUGGCUUGUACCAGUUCCUGGUGCCCAUCGCCAUUUUUCAGAUCGCGUCUUCUCUUUCUAAGGAGCUCUGUGCCCUGGUCUUCGGAAUCAACACGUUCCUUGCCAUUGUUCUCAAGACCAUCAUCACCCUCAUCGUUUCCGACAAGCGGGGCCUGGGCCUCCACGUCCGAUCCCAGUUCCUCGUCUACUUUGGGUACUUCGUGCUGCUGUCCAUUACCUACUUCUUGGGAGCUGUGCUGGGGACCCUGUGGCACUUCCCGAGGAGCCACCACCAGCCCCUGCCCCUGGCCCAGGAGCUAAGGAGCCCCUCGGAAGAGAAAGCUGCUCAGGUGCUGAGCCUGCAGGAUGGGGUCCUCAGCAACUUGCAGCCCGAAGCCACAACCCUGGCCCCGGAGGACGGAGCAUGGACCACAGGACCAGUCCUGAGGGACCAGUGCGAAGCCAAGGCCUGACCUGCUCUCUCUGCCCAGCUCAGUGAGUGGCCAGAUUCUGACACCAGAGGCAAUCUGCUCUGCAUCCUCCAACAUCCUCACUGAGCCUGGCACCCUGGCAUCUCAGAACGGUCCCAACCCUGACAGGGUGCCAGUCCCUGUGAGCCUGGCGCCCUGGCAUCUCAGAACUGUCCCAACCCUGACAGGAUGCCGGUCCCUGUGAGCCUGGUGCCCUGGCAUCUCAGAACGGUCCACCCCUGGCUGGGUGCCGAUCCUCAGAAUCAGGAAGCUGGGUUUUUGGCAAUGUUUGAAUUCUACUGUUCACAUUAUGGUACCAAUGACCAAUGGGGCCCCUAUGACACACACCUCAAGGGCCACCUGCCUUGGCCAGUGGUGCCUUGGCUUGUCCUGCGGUGUCCCCAAGCCCUGCACCUCUCAGGCCCUACAUCCUGACUACGCUCUGUAGCCUGCUGGGGACACUGGCAGCUGCCGGGCACUGGGUUGGGUUGUGUCCCCUGCCUACACAUGGCCAGUGGUGGGGUUCCACAUGCCCACCAGGCCUCCGCCUUCACUCCCCUUGGGAGGCAGAUCCCAUUGGUCCCUGGGGACUGGGGAGAUGGCCCCAUGUGCUAGCCCGAGUGACACCAGCCCUGCAGGCUGUCGUGGGCCCUGUAGGGUGGUGGUGGGGGCCUGGGUUCCCAGGGCUCGUGGCUAAACUGACAUUUCUAGUUGCCCUGGUACUCACGUUUUAACAAUGCUGUACUUUUUUUUUUUAACUGUCAUGAAUGUGAACCCUAUUGGUCCUCUGUUUCUGCGGGAGAAGCUGGUAUUGGGGCAGGCGGGCGUUUCCCCACGGGAUGAAAUGGGGGUGCUGCAGUCUUUGGGAGCUGGCUCCUUCUGGGCCCUGGGCCCUGUCGUCCUUCCCCUUCCUGAUAUGGGUUAACACUGGCCCACCUCACUGGUGGUGGAGGCCACCUGGGCUGCUCACACACCUGCCCGAAGGACAUGCCUCCAGGGGCUCCAGGAACCAGUCAUGUGAAAAUGUAAGACUUGAAACAUUAAAUAAACCACAUGACCUGA